GCCCUCUGCAAACCUUGCCAGGCUGGAACCGGCAGAUUUCCUCUCACCCUGAUGCCUGUGUAGCUGGUGCUUGUGUUUUAGACUCACAGGUGAACUGAAUCUAAAUCCCUCGAAUCCUCUGAGCACAAGGCCAUGGCGCAGAAGAGCCUCCUGGGCAACGGUGUGAGCUUCCCCUACAAGGACCUGGUGUCCGAGGUGGCCAGACGCAGGUUCACCAUGACCACCAGAGAAGAGAUGCUUACCAAGGAAGGUGAGGAAGCCCUGAUGAGGAAGCCAAAGGGUUUGGAUCAAGUCCCUUUCCCUGACAUGGCCGACCCCCCAUUCCCCCCAGCCCCACCUCCCUCUCCAGCUGAGGACCCCGAAGUCUCCUAG